CGGGCGAAGACCCUCCGGGUCUUUGGCAGUAGGAGGGGGAAGUCUUUUGCAGGCUCCAAAAGUUAGUCCCGAGACACGGUAGGGUCUAUUGUGAUGAUUACUACAGGAAGUCAAAGAGAUAGGACCCCUCCCCACGGCCCCCCACUCCCUAAUUAAGGAUUGAGGAGGGGGAGGGGCCAGUGGGGCUCAGGUGAGCACACGGGGAGAAAGGGACAUGGGCGGGGCCUUACAGAGGGUCAGCGAAUCCGAAAAGACCUGAGCCCUCGUUGCUGGGCGACAAGUCCCGCCCCGCAGGCGGCACCGGAAGUGGCAGGCUGGGAUCAGCCUUUAAGAUGGCGUCUCCUCAGGGGGGCCAGAUUGCGAUCGCGAUGAGGCUUCGGAACCAGCUCCAGUCAGUAUACAAGAUGGAUCCGCUACGGAACGAGGAGGAGGUCCGAGUAAAGAUCAAAGAUCUAAAUGAGCACAUCGUCUGCUGCCUGUGCGCUGGCUACUUCGUGGAUGCUACCACCAUCACAGAGUGUCUUCAUACUUUCUGCAAGAGUUGUAUUGUGAAGUACCUCCAAACCAGCAAGUAUUGCCCCAUGUGCAACAUCAAGAUCCAUGAGACACAGCCACUGCUCAACCUCAAACUGGACCGGGUCAUGCAGGACAUCGUAUACAAGCUAGUGCCUGGCUUGCAAGACAGUGAAGAGAAGCGGAUUCGAGAAUUCUACCAGUCCCGAGGGUUGGACCGAGUCACCCAGCCUAGUGGGGAAGAGCCAGCCCUGAGCAACCUCGGCCUUCCCUUCAGCAGCUUUGACCACUCUAAAGCCCAUUACUAUCGAUAUGAUGAGCAGCUGAGCCUAUGCCUAGAGCGGCUGAGUUCUGGCAAAGACAAGAGUAAAAGCAUCCUGCAGGUGAGCGAGGAUGAGGGGAGAGCCUCUCUAAGGAUACUUACCUCCGCAGGGCACUUCCCUCACACACUUUGUUCUCUUUCCUCCCCUCUCUACCCCCAGAACAAAUAUGUCCGAUGUUCUGUUAGAGCUGAGGUUCGCCAUCUCCGGAGGGUCUUAUGUCAUCGUUUGAUGCUAAAUCCCCAGCAUGUACAACUCCUUUUUGACAACGAAGUUCUCCCUGAUCAUAUGACCAUGAAGCAGAUAUGGCUGUCCCGCUGGUUCGGCAAGCCAUCCCCUUUGCUUUUACAAUACAGUGUGAAAGAGAAGAGGAGGUAGGGGCCAAGUCCCUGCCCCAUCCCUCUCCCCUUCCCUCCCCAGAUAUUUAUGUGAAAUUAACUGCAGCUUUAUUUUUUGAAAUAAAACCUUUUAAAAAGCA